CCUGCGUUUUACAAACAGAGCGAGCUCGUGCGCCUUUUGGUGACCGUGCAAAGAAGAAAAGUCCGUAUGGCCAAGUUUAAUGGCUGAGCUUCACGUGUUCGGACAGAUCACUGGUGCAAGUGAGUUUGCGACUCGAAACCUACUUUGCAAGUGGUGCUUAAUAGUCGGUGACGGGUGGACCGUGCUCGAAGGGCUUAGAGAAGGGCAGACACACGUAAAUUUUCAUCACUACGAAGAAAUAUCCACAUGGUGCCAUCCAGUCGACAUCCACCUGAGCACACAAGGGAUUCAGUGUUGGCCUAAGCUGUAUUUCCAAGUAUGGCACCAAGAUCACUACGGCAGGAACGACCUUUGCGGCUACGGCAUCUGCUUCGUUCCAAGCACACCCGGAUUUCAUUCGCUUGACUGCCAUAUCUGGAGACCCCUGGGCUCCCUUUCCGACGAAAUAGCCAGACAUUUCCUGGGCGGCAGUUUGCAUUUGCAAGAGCCAGAAUCCACCUGCGGAGGUGGACUGGAUCGCUUUCGUUUAAGGACAACUGGUAUGGGCAAGAUACAUCUGGAACUCUACGUUAUACAAAGAAACUUCCAGAAGUACGGGAUUGAAACGUGAAUGGGAUCUAUCCGAAAAGCUGCA